CAAAUUUCGAGAGGGAUACAAAAUUCUAAUUAACCGCCAAAACCUUCUUUCCAAAAUCGACAUUUGCUCUCUUCCUUCAAACGAAAUCCCUCGGGAUCUUCACGUUUAAACCAGAUAAGCCUUAGGGUUUCCAAGCACCGUCAAAUUUGUUAGUCGGCACCGGCGGCGGAAGAAAAUGCAUCCUUCGUCAACCACCACUUGCACUUCCCUUCUUCAAGAGUUGCAGAUAAUAUGGGAUGAAAUUGGUGAAAGUUACAAUGAGAGAGACAAGAUGCUGCUAGAACUUGAGCAGGAAUGUCUGGAUAUAUACAAUAAAAAGGUUGCGAAAACUCGCAAGUACAAAGCUGAGUUACAACGAUCGUUAGCUCAAGCUGAAGCUGAAAUUGCCAGCCUCAUGUCUGCACUUGGUGAACAAGUUUCGCUUUCAAGGAAAGAAGGCUCUUUGAAGGAGCAGAUAUCCACUGUAAAGCCUGUACUGGAAGACCUGCUGAUGAAAAAGGAUCUAAGAUGGAAAGAAUUUUCCGAGACACUGACACAGGUAGCUGAGAUUUCUUCUAACAUUGCGGGGAAUGAUUAUCCUGUUAGCUCUGGUCCAGAAAUUGAUGAAAGCGACUUAACACAAAGAAAGUUGGAUGAACUUAGAGCACAUCUGCAGGAUCUUUGCAAAGAAAAGGCUAUUCGUCUGCAGAAAGUAAACUCUUAUAUCAAUGCCGUCCAUGAGUUGUCAGAGAUCAUGUCAUUUGAUUUCCUGAAGGCCUUGAGUAACGUCCAUAAAAGCUUGAACGAGUUUUCAAAGGCUCAUUCGAAAAGCAUUAGUAAUGACACUCUUGCUAGAUUAACAGAACUUGUAGAGUCUCUGGAGAAGGAGAAGCAUCAGAGGCUGCUUAAGCUACAAGGUUUGGGAAGAACCAUGCAAGAGCUGUGGAACCUAAUGGAAACGCCUAUGGAAGAGAGGAGAAGAUUUGACAAUAUCAGUAGUUUACUAUCUGUUCCAGCUGGUGAUGCCUUAAAAAAAGGAUGCCUUGGUCUGGACAAUGUCCGGGAGGCUGAAGAUGAAGUGAAAAGACUGAAUGCCCUGAAGUCCAGCAAAAUGAAGGAAUUGGUGUUUAAGAGGCAGUGUGAGCUAGAAGAAAUCUGCAGAGAGGUUCAUAUGGAUGUCAAUAGCGAUGCUGCAAAACAGAGUCUUGUUGAACUCAUUGAUUCUGGUGAUGGUGAUCUGUCAGAUAUUCUUGCAAGCAUAGAUAGUCAGAUCGAGAAGGCAAAGGAGGAAGCUUUAACCAGAAAGGAGAUUUUAGACAAAGUUGAUAAGUGGAGGCACGCAAAGGAGGAAGAAAAAUGGCUUGAUGAUUAUGAAAAGGAUGAAAAUCGCUUCACUGCUGUAAGAGGAGCGCACAAAAAUUUAAAACGCGCAGAGAAAGCUAGGAGCCUUAUCAGCAAAAUUCCUGCGAUGAUCGAUGGUCUGACCACCAAAGUGAAGGGCUGGGAAAAAGAAAGAGGAGUCCCCUUCUUAUGUGAUAAGCACCGGUUGUUGGAAAUACUGCAAGAGGACAUUGUUUUGCGUGCACAAAGAGAGGAGGAAAAGCGUCAAUUCCGAGAGCAGAAACGCCUACAAGGUCAGCUUGCUACAGAGAAAGAAGCAAAGUAUGGUUCGAAGUCCGCAAAGAAGAAGCCAUUGGGACAGAGUCUUAACACAGACAAUGUGACAAAAACUCCAAUUGGUCGACGGAUUGGGAAUACACCUGGACGUUCUGCUAUUUCUGCUGGCAAAGAUUUUAGAGAAAGCGGAAGAGGCAAUGCCGCAAUACCAUUGAACUAUGUUGCUCUUCAGAAAGAUGAUUGAUGAUAGAUUACUCAAAA